AUGGUUCGAAUUCAGAAUAGGAUCUCUAUCGGUUUGGAAGUUCUCCAAUAUUUCACGACUCGGGAAUGGUGGUUCGAUACAAACAACUUCAAGUCUUUGGUUAAUAUACUGAACCCUGUUGACAAGGAGACGUUCCCAAUGGAUACGACCAUUAUAGAGGAUGAACCCUACAUAGAGAGUUGCAUGAUUGGAGGCAAGCUGUACUGCUUGAAGGAAAAACUGGAGAACUUGCCAAAAGCCAGAUUGCAGAACCAAAUACUGUACAUCCUGGACCGCUUGGUAUCCUUAUUCUUCUACCUCGUGCUGCUGUACUGGAUCGUAUCUUACUUCGAACCAGCUCGGGAACUGCUCUCGUACGGCGGCCCAGCCGUUCGAUACCUACCAUUAGUUGGAAAAGCAGUAUUCAAAGAUGUGUAAUGAAAUGUAUUCAAAGAUGUGCAAUAAAUA